AUGGCUGAGUCAGGCGGCUGGACCACUAUUGAGUCCGAUGAGGGCCUAUUCACCUCUCUCAUCGAGACCCUAGGCGUGAAAGACACCCAAUUCGAAGAACUGAUCUCUCUCGACGCCGACACAAUACGCUCACUAGGCUCUGUCUACGGCGUAAUCUUCCUCUUCAAAUGGACUCACGAAGCAGCCGGCGCCCGCGCCGAAGCCCCCCUUGACGGAACCUACGAUCCAACUGCAACAGACAACAACGUAUUCUUCGCCGCCCAAACAAUUCAAAACGCCUGCGGCACGCAAGCCAUCCUCUCCGUGAUCCUAAACCACGACAACCCGCCCGCUCCCCUCCCACCGAUUCAACUUGGCGACGAACUCCGCUCCUUCAAAGACUUCACAGCUGGGUUCCCACCUGAACUUCGCGGUGAAGCGCUCUCGAACUCCGAAGCUAUUCGUACAGCGCACAAUACGUUUGCGCGCGCGAGUCCCUUCGCCGAUGAGACGGCCCGGCCGCAGGACGAAGAGAAUGCAGCGGAUGUGUACCACUUCAUUGCGUAUACGCCUGUGAACGGGGUACUGUAUGAGUUGGAUGGAUUGCAGCCUCAUCCUAUUAGCCAUGGGCCGUGUGAUACUGCUUCGUUCCCGGAGAAGGUUAUUGAGGUUUUGCAGCGACGGAUUGCGCGGUAUCCGCCCGAAGAAACGCAUUUCAACCUUAUGGCGGUUGUGCAAGAUCCUAGGGGACGGGCGAGGGAGAUUGGGGACGUGGAGACACUUGAGAGGGAGGAGAGGAAGAGGGCGGCAUGGCAGUGGGAGAAUACAUUGCGGAGGUGGAACUUCGUUGGAUUUAUUGGGGAGAUGAUGAAGGGGGUCGUGGGCAUGAAGGAGAAAGAUGCGUCUGGACAGGCAUAUGCGGAUUGGGUUGAGGGAGCGAAGAAGGAAACGAGGAAGAAGUUGGAGAUGCGGAGGGGAUAG